CUCUUCUCUCCCCUAUCCUCUGUCCUCACCCACCCCGUCUUUCCCCCCUUUUCUUCUUCCAUUUCCUGCCCAAGGAAUCCAUUAUUCCGGCGAAGGCGUGCGAGUGGUGCGACGGUGUGUUGCUUCACCGGAAAAAGAAAUUGAAGAACGGCCUUCAUCGGAAAAAGGAAUGAACCAAGGUGGGGUAAGUGAAGAACGAUGGGGCAAGGUAGAUGCAUUCCCAACGAAUAUUUUAGAUUCGAUGCUUAACCACGGGAGAAUGUAUGAAGCUACAUCAACAUCUCCUCUUAUCGCAGAGAUGAAUGUGAAGCACACCAUAAAUUGGGAGACUUGCAUCUGCAGCGGUUUUUGGAGACUAGUGCAAACACCAUAAAUUGUUUGGAAAGUAAUGUUGACCUCAAGGUGAACAAGACCAAGCGGGGAAACCCUGAAAAGCCAUCGAUGACCCUUCGUCCAAACAUUGGUGACAUAGGAAGUGAGAAUUUGCCUACGUGGGAAUGGCCGGGAGAAGAUGUGUGUUACUGUUUAUGUUCUACACACCAACACUUAAUGUAUGUGUGCUAAUUUUUCUAUUAAAUACACCCAAAUGUAAACAUAGGAAGUGUUACUGGUUGGGUUGAAUAAACCAACCCUUAAUAUGUGCUUUGUACUGAAUCAGUU